GCGUCCCAGGAAGAGACCGCGAGGCACUUGCUGUGCGGAUCCCUCGGGAACCGCUCCGAACCUGGCCAUGCAGGCGACGCCCCCUGGGGUCCGAUCGUCCGCGAGAAGCCGCCAGAGUGGGCKCUUGGGGCUGGAACCCGGCAGGAAAGAGGGCGGAGCCGCCAGCGAUCCCCUCACCGUGAGCGUGGACGGCGGCUACAACUUCAGGCGGGUGGCGAUCCGAAGAAAGUCCAACUUCUCCUACCUGCCGCCCGGGACCCCCCGGCCCUGGACUAGGCCUCCGUCGCACCUGGCACCGGCUCAGAUGGGCAUCUUCAGGCGCUACGCAUCCGCCAACGCCACAGGCAGCAGUACCUGUCCAAAGGUCACUCUAGUCCCACCUGGUUCAAGGAGCAGCACAACCACACUGGUCGAUCAGAAUGUAUCUGAAGAGGCUCAGGGAAUAAAUGGGAAGACACCAGCGAAACGCUCAGCUGCAAGUCCAAAGCCACAAGUGCCUCCAAAGCCAUUACAUCUGCAGAAUUCGCCUUCGUCCAAUAUACACCAAACCCCCAGGCAUAAAGCUUUACCUAGUGCAAGACCAAGGAUGGAGGAAAUUAAACCUGCCUCUGCUUCUUGUGUCUCAAAAGAAAAACCCAGUAAGGUUUCAGAUCUCAUCAGUCGCUUUGAAGGAGGCAGUGCAUUAGCAAAUUAUGGUGAUAUGAAGAAAGAUUCUGCUGUGAACUUAACUGCUCCUCGGACCCCAGGAYGGCAUGGAGUAACACCCACACCUCCACAAAAACUCCUCUCCGAGCACCCACCRCAGAGGCAGGGAAAUGGUACAGACCAGACUCAGGGCGAACAGACUUGUGUGGCCAAUGGUAUAAUGGCAGCACCAAACCAGAUGGAAUGUGAAGAGGCUCAAGCAGCCACUGGUCGCCCAGYUACUCCUGUUCAAACUGCUGAACCCUUCCUUGAUACACACUUGGUGAACGGAGAAAGAGAUGAGAGCGCCAUCAGUUCUGCAUCACCCACAAGUGACCAUGACGGAGAUGUUUCUGACSGUAGCUGCAGGACUCCAAGUAUAGGCGCAGUGCUCCCCCUUAAAGRAGGAGAAGUGGAAGCGGAAGCCAAGGUUCAAGAGAGGGAAAAUGGAGACAGCCCUGUGGAACUGGAACAGCUGGACCARCACCAGGAGACAAAGGAAACUAAUGAACAAAAACUUCACAAAAUAGCCAAUGAACUUUUGCUUACAGAGAGAGCUUACGUCAACCGACUUGACCUCUUAGAUCAGGUAUUUUAUUGCAAACUAUUGGAAGAAGCAAACCGAGGUUCAUUUCCAGCAGAGAUGGUGAAUAAAAUCUUUUCUAACAUUUCAUCAAUAAAUGCCUUCCAUAGUAAAUUCCUCUUGCCAGAGCUGGAGAAACGAAUGCAAGAAUGGGAAACCACUCCUCGGAUUGGAGACAUCCUUCAGAAAUUGGCGCCAUUCCUUAAGAUGUAUGGAGAAUAUGUGAAGGGAUUUGAUAAUGCAAUGGAAUUGGUCAAAAACAUGACAGAACGAGUUCCCCAGUUCAAAUCAGUGAUUGAAGAAAUUCAGAAACAGAAGAUCUGUGGGAGCUUAACUUUGCAGCAUCACAUGCUGGAACCUGUUCAGCGGAUUCCUCGGUAUGAGAUGCUCCUUAAGGACUACCUAAGGAAAUUGCCCCCCGAUUCCCCGGACUGGAAUGAUGCAAAAAAAUCACUUGAAAUUAUAUCUACAGCAGCAAGCCAUUCUAAUAGUGCAAUAAGAAAAAUGGAGAACCUAAAGAAACUCUUGGAGAUUUAUGAAAUGUUGGGAGAAGAAGAAGACAUUGUAAACCCUUCCAAUGAACUCAUAAAAGAAGGACAGAUCCUCAAGCUAGCUGCACGGAACACGUCAGCACAAGAACGCUAUCUUUUCUUAUUCAACAACAUGUUACUGUACUGCGUGCCCAGAUUCAGCUUGGUAGGCUCAAAAUUCACAGUUCGGACCAGGGUUGGCAUUGAUGGAAUGAAAAUUGUAGAGACUCAUAAUGAAGAAUAUCCAUACACAUUCCAGGUGUCUGGAAAAGAGAGAACACUGGAACUACAGGCCAGUUCCGAGCAAGACAAAGAAGAAUGGAUCAAGGCCCUUCAAGAGACCAUUGAUGCCUUUCAUCAAAGGCAUGAAACCUUCAGAAAUGCGAUUGCAAAGGAUAAUGACAUUCACUCUGAGGUUUCUACUGCUGAGCUAGGGAAAAGAGCCCCGAGAUGGAUCCGAGACAAUGAAGUGACAAUGUGUAUGAAAUGCAAGGAACCUUUCAAUGCACUGACAAGGAGAAGGCACCAUUGUCGAGCAUGUGGACAUGUGGUCUGCUGGAAGUGUUCUGACUACAAAGCUCAACUUGAGUAUGAUGGUGGGAAACUGAGCAAAGUCUGUAAAGAUUGUUAUCAAAUAAUAAGUGGAUUCACAGACAGUGAAGAAAAGAAAAGGAAAGGAAUUCUAGAGAUUGAAUCUGCAGAAGUAUCUGGAAAUAGUGUGGUAUGCAGCUUUCUUCAGUACAUGGAGAAAACAAAACCUUGGCAGAAAGCUUGGUGUGUGAUCCCCAAGCAAGACCCUCUUGUGCUGUACAUGUACGGUGCCCCCCAGGAUGUCAAAGCCCAAGCUACCAUUCCACUCCUGGGCUACUUCGUGGAUGAAAUGCCAAGGAGUGCAGACCUGCCRCACAGUUUCAAACUGACUCAGUCCAAGUCUGUGCACAGCUUUGCUGCAGACAGUGAGGAACUGAAACAGAAGUGGCUGAAAAUCAUUCUUUUAGCUGUCACAGGUGAGACACCAGAUGGUCCAAAUGAGCACCAAGCCACUUUGGACGAUCAUCCUGAACCUAAGAAAAAAUCAGAAUGUUGAACUGUCGGAUCAGCUGCAGUGUGGGGUCUCAAGCAAGACGUUCUGCUCCAGAUAUCCCCAGCUCUCCUUCCUCACCUCUUAGCACUUUACGUUGAAAACUAUAGGCUCAUCAAUGCCACCUGUUGGGGAUUGUUUUCCCAUUUGUGUACUCUUAGUAAGAUUAAUGUGCAGAGCCAUUCUCCCUGUAAAGUUUUGAAAUAAUGUGAAAAAUGGAGUUUUUAUGAACUAGUAUAUGUGCUUUUUGUCUUGAAGAAAAUGGUGUCAGUUGAUUGUAUCACUACCAGGUUAGAAUGGGCCACUUUCAUUUAAAAAAAUCCCUCAAUGUCUUCUCUUUCACAUGUAGGAUCUGUAACAGUUUAAAAGAUAUACCUCCGUGUUGCCAAAAUAGAUCCAUGGUGAUAAAUACAGGGACAGUUUAGCUAUUAAUAUUAACUUAUUUAGUUUAUAAAUCUCAAGCUGCAUAAAUGAUAUAUGUUCUUUUAAAACAAAA